UGAAUAUUGAUUAGAUUUUUUGCACAUCUAACCUCGCAACACAGAGCGAUCUCCAAUGAUUCCUAUUGUUUACAUGUAGAUUUUUAUAAAAGCUGACUUUAAUUGUUUAUAUUAUGUAUUAUUUAUGCGCGAUAAUUAAUCCUGUAACAAAAGAAUGACCUAUUAUAAAUUAAUUCGAUCGUAUAAUCAGUUUAGCAACAACAAAUCUGCUAACUUGAUCAGAAAGGAAUUUUUAGAUUACUUUUCUAAGGAUUUGAAACACAGUAUUAUUCGUUCCAGUCCUGUCUCUCCAAUUGCUGAUCAAUCACUAGCAUUCAUCAAUGCUGGUAUGAAUCAGUUUAAAGGAAUCUUCUUAGAUUAUUAUGAACCACCUGCGACAAAGAUUGUCAACUCGCAAAAAUGUAUUAGAGUUGGCGGAAAGCACAAUGAUUUAAGUGUUGUUGGUAACGAUAGCUAUCAUCAUACGUUCUUCGAAAUGCUUGGCAAUUGGUCCUUUGGAGAUUAUUUCAAAGAAGAUGCUUGUACAUAUGCCUGGAAUCUUUUAACAAAUGUGUAUGGUGUACCUGAAGAAUGUCUAUAUGUAACAUAUUUCGGUGGUAAUGAGAAGUUGGGCAUAGGUCCAGAUCUGGAAUGCAAAAAUAUUUGGUUAAAACUCGGUCUUCCAGAAAGCAAAGUUCUACCUUUUGGUAUAAAAGACAAUUUCUGGGAAAUGGGUGUCGGUCCUUGUGGACCUUGCACAGAAAUACAUGUAGACUAUAUGAAAAGAAGUACUAAUCAGGCUGCACGAGUGAAUAAAGGAUAUGCAGAUCUUAUGGAAUUGUGGAAUAUAGUUUUUAUACAAUAUGAAAGGCUUGCAAAUGGAUGUAUAGUACCUUUAUCAAAACAUCAUGUUGAUACAGGCAUGGGACUUGAAAGAUUAGUUACCUUCUUACAAGGAAAAAAAUCAAAUUACGAUACAGAUCUGUUCCAGCCAUUAUUUGAUGCGAUACAAAAGCAUUCGAACGCUCCAAAAUAUAAAGGGACAUUUAAUAAUGAUGAUAUAGGCAAAAUUGAUUAUGGUUACAGAAUUCUCGCAGAUCACGCGAGAAUGGUUACUAUUGCAUUGCUGAUAAUGUUACCGGAGCAACACCAUAAACUACGGAGAAUAUUACGGAAUACGAUAGACGUGGCAGAGAGAAUAUUCAAAAAACCUGGCAUAGUUACUGAACUUGCCUGUAUUGUGGCUGAUAACCUGGGUGCAGCUUAUCCAGAAUUACACAAUAAUUUAAAACAGGUACAAAGGAUAAUAGACUUUGAAGAAGAUUUAUUCAAAAGAUUGCGGAAUACUUCUGGUAAAAAGUGGAAUAAGAUGGUUGAAGUUCGUCCUGAAUUAGCAUCGAUCACUGAUUGGAUGGCUCCUGGUUUAGUUGAUGGCUAUAAAGAAUUACAAUCCGUGUUAAAAGAGUUGCGUGAAACUAAUGUGUUACCUGGAUCUGUCGCAUUUAAACUAUAUGAUACAUAUGGCCUUAAUUCAGAAACUAUAGCAGAACUAGCACAAAUUGAGUCUUUACAUUUUGAUCAAAUUGAUUUUGAAAAGCAACUUGAUAAUUGUAGAUAUCAAUCAAGAAUUGGCUUAGACAAAUGUAGUAUACUUACUAAAGAAUCUUUGAGAAUACUUGAAGAAAAUCAUGUAUCUAAGACAAAUGAUUCAUUCAAAUACAAUUAUACAUACAAUGGAAGUAAUUAUGAAUUUCCAACACUUAACAGCAAACUCCUUGGCAUUAUUAUCAAUGGUAAAUUAAUUAUAAAUGAAAAUUCCAAAACUACAAAAAUUAAUAAUAGAAAAGCUAUAAACAUUGAUGAGAUAUUAAAUAGUACCAAUGAAAUUGGUAUUAUAUUGGAUAAGACUAUGUGCUAUUCAUUAGAAGGUGGUCAAGUUUCAGAUAAAGGAAACAUUUGUAUCAAGAAUCUGUUUUUCAACAUAGAUAAUGUCAGAAAAGUUAACGGCUAUGUGAUUCAUUCUGGCCAUUUUGCCAAAACAGAUUUACCCACAUCAGAAUUGUAUUUACAAAUAGGAGACGAUUGUCUAGUCAAUAUAGAACCAAAUAUUCGUGUUGAAGUUAUGAAACAUCAUACAGCAGCACAUUUAUUGAAUGCAGCCCUAAAACAGGUUAUGCAAGUAGUUUAUCAAAAUGGUUCUACAGUCAAUGUAGAUAAUUUAAAAUUGCAAUUCAAUUCAUUUGGCGAACAACUUACAUUGGAACAAAUGAGAAUAAUAGAAAAUUGCAUUAACAAUAUUAUACAAACCCAUGCUGCAACAACUGUACAAAUUUUAAAUUUACUCGAACUAUUAAAACAAGAUGAUGUUACAUUGAUCCCUGGAGAAAUAUAUCCUUAUACAGGCAUUAGAGUCAUAGAAAUUAAUGCUGACAGUUUGAAAGCAAAGGAAACGUGUUGCGGUACUCAUGUACAUAAUACAAGUGUUUUACAACACUUUUGCUUUUUAAUGUAUACUUCAAAGGGAGCAACAAAGCGCACUGUUAAAGCUGUUGUCGGCAGAGAAGCUGUACGUAUGAAACAGGCUGGUGAAAGAAUGUGUCAGAGAAUUGCAGAGCUAGAAGAAAUAUUAAAAAGUGGGAAACUCACAUAUGAACAAUUUAAAGAAGAAAUAAAUCAAAUAAAACAGGAAAUUAAUGAUCCAAAUAUACAAAUAUCAUUACCUUAUGUGAUCAAACAGAAAUGCUUGACAAACUUAGAGAAUUUGAGCAAAGCAAUAUGGUUGCAAGAGAAAGAAAUCGAGAAGGUUUCUAUAAUUCGUGAAAUCACUGAUGCCAUGGAUUCAUCUUGCUUUAUCAUACAUUGUCUAAACGAAAAUCCCAGAUAUUUAUCAUUACACGAAGUUGUAUCUCUCUUUCCUAAACUACCAAUAUUAGUUUUAUCCAAUACCAAUGGAUCUGUAAAGGCAAGAUGUUCGAUACCACAGGAAAUGGUGUCUGAUGCAUUUAAUGCACAAAUCUGGAUGGAUGUCGUUUUACAAACUUUUAAUGCAAAGCAAGGACCUAUUAAAGGAUUCAAACCCAUGUUAAUUGCGAGUAUGAAAUCUACACAUGUGUCACAAGAUUUUCAGACAUAUAUAGAAAGAGCAGUAAUCGAAGCUACUAAAUUUGCAUCCAUACAUGUAAAAAAGGUUGAGCUUAUUAAUAAAAAUCGAUAAGUAAUUA